AUGCUGAUGUCGCUGCUACUUCUCUGCUUCAUUGUCCAGGGAGCACUGACGGUGUCAUCACUUUCGGAAAAGAAAAACAAGGAAUUCAGCCACAGUAUCCAAUGCGCCAUCUGCGAACUUGGGUCAAAGUCGUCUGCUAAGGGUAAAGCGCCGACCGCAAACUCGUUGGAAUCCCCUUCAGCAGAGAAAGCCGUCAAUGUAGCAGUAGCUGCUUUCAUCAGUGGAAAACGAGAAAGUUCAGAACUUGGCAAAAAUAGCGAAAAAUCUUGGCUGCAUGGACGUUCGGAAUGCGAUGCAAAGAUCAACUCUACGACCAGCUGCGUUUCACCGGAUUUCCUCAAGAUCCUUCCAGAAGCGGAAAUGGUGGGACCAGCGUUCUCUGAACUGGUCGCAGUUGGUUCGGGUGCAUCUUAA